AUGUUCGGCAAGGUUGAAGAUUUCCUCGAAAGCGUCGGGAAAGAUCUCGGACGACUCGAGGUCUACAAGGACUUAUACAAGUCCACGGCUUCGACGCGGUUCACCGAUGCUCUUCAAAGGGUAUUUGAGAAAUAUUUGGCUUUCUUUGUUCAUGUCGAGGAAUUCUUGACUGCAUCAAAGCUCAAACACUGGAGAGAUUCGGUCGGCCUCUCAAGUUCGGAAAGAAACAAACAGAUGCUGCUCAACCUCUCUAUGGAUCUCGUCACGGCGGAGUGCAACAAUGCAGUGGCAGAGGCGACACUUGCCGAAGCGCAAGCGCGUGCAAGGGCAGACCAAGCGCAGGCCGACACCCUCGAUCAAAUGAACGAGAGCAUCGAGCAGGUCCACGGUUCAAUCAAGCAUGUCCAUGACGACAUGGAGCGUAUGAGGAGAAGCGAAAUCUUCGAAAACUACCUCGAGUGGCUGAAGCACGUAGACGUCGAAGGCAAACUCAAGGAUCUCCUCAUACCCAAGAAGAACGCUGAAAAAGGUACUGAUGUUGCCACCAGCUCAUGGAUCCUCGAAGACGAGCACUUCAAGAAAUGGAUCACGCCGAGUAAAGGUCGCAGUCAUGUCUUUUGGCUGACGGGAGAGCCUGGAGUUGGCAAGUCGACGCUGACUGCGUAUAUCAUCACCGAGAUGCAAAAGUGGCAGCCGACUGGAGUGGCGUAUUUUUUCUGCACCUACCAGGACGAAAGCACGCGCACUGUAGACGCAGUCCUGCGAUCGUGGAUCUGGCAACUACUCAGAAAGCCCCGACACCUCCAAAAUGCCUCUUCCGGACACCUUGCCCUUCCAGAGAGCGAAUACGGUUCCACGCAAUCAGAAGAGCCAAGCUGCGAUGUUUUGGUUGGUGUGAUGCACCAACUUUACCGGCAAGGGCGACCUACAACGCUGAUAGUGGAUGGCCUGGACGAAUGCCUGGAGCCUGAGAAGGAUACAGCAGCAGAAGGAGACUGGGAAAAGUUCUUUGAGGUGCUCAAAGACGCACCGGAGGGAUGGAACAUCCUCAUCGUGAGCAGAACUCGGACGUGGUUCAGAACGGCCCUUCUGAGAACGCUCCAUCGAGAGAACCUCGAACGGGAGAUGGUGCCCGAAGACAACAGCGACGACAUUCAUGCCGUUGUGACGCAGAAACUAGAGUCCUCCGCAAAGUCGAACGGAUGGGAUGACCAGCUUACGGGGGAUGCUAUCCGCGUACUAGUCAAAAAUGCGGGCGGAAUGUUUCUCUACGCCAGCCUGUCCUGCAAGGAUCUCGCCAACAAGAGACCGGACAAGGUUCGGGCAGCUUUGGACAACCCACCAAAUGGACUCAAAGGAUUCUAUGAUUGGACGAUGAAGGAAAUCGACAAUCAGCCCGGAGACCUUCCACACGAGUUUCGUACCGUGCUCAAAUGGCUUGUUUGCGGAUUUCGUACCUUCAAGCUCGAAGAGCUCGCCUGUGCCUUAGACUUGACCCCGAAAGUGAAGAACGAGCUGGAUUCCGUGCUUGGAUCCUUCAUACGUAUCGAUCCGGAGACCAAAGAGAUCCAGUUUGUGCAUGCCUCUGUAAGAGAUUACUUGUUAUCGCCCGGUGCAGGCAUUGUGGAUGUUGCUCCCGAAUCAGGCCAGGCGAAACUGACUACCAUCCAUGGCGAGAUCCUGGCAAGAUGCCUGGAAUACAUUACCACUGAUGGCAGACACUUCAUCCCUGUUGGCCCCAAUAGAAACAUGUCCGAGCAGAGGAUACGCGAUACUCUUGGUGACGAGCCUUUCCUUGAGUACGCUUCCAUCUAUUGGGUGCAGCACCUCGUUGAGCGGAAGCGCCUCAAAGCGUCCAAGGACCACCUUGACAGCCUUUUACCACUAGAUCGUGCAGUGCUCAAAUGGUUGCAAAUAUUCCAUUUCCUCUUUCAGUUCAACUUUCCGGGCACCACUACUACCAGGCAUCUUAUCGGAGGCUUGGUAUAUCAUCCACCAGAGAAGAACACUUGGCAGAUGUUUGUCCACAAGAACUACCCCUCAUUUGUUGACCACUUGGGCUGGUCGGACGGCAAACGGUUCACUCGAUGGGACAGGUUCAUGCACAGGAGACGUAAGUUUGACAAGUACAACGAGAAAACGGGGUGGUAUCAGUCUCCAACAUACUUCUCUGGCCCACUGCUUGCGGCAUUCUUCAACUACACCGAAGUAUUGAAAAGAAUGGCAAACAGAGGUGAGGACAUGGACAAGAAAAGCGUACUCAAUAGCACGCCGCUGUUGUGGGCAGCCACUGCCGAUUCCUGUUCGGCUUUGCAGUGGCUCCUGGACGCUGGCGCAAACAUGGAGGUUGAGUAUCAGCACACGAAAGAAACGCCCAUCUUCCGCGCAGUGCGAGUUCCGUAUGCCGUUAACACCAGCAGUGGCCGGUAUCCUGCGGCUUUGUUGCUCCACGAGAGGGGUGCGAGGCUGAAGGCGGUGCCAAAUGACCAUGGCUGGCGGGAGACGACAGUUUUGAUCACUCUGAUCGAAACGUGCAGGAACUUCCCAGGGGCCGUCCAACUUGCGCGAGCGAUUCUCAAGGACGAUCCCGCUCGAGUCGAGGAUUACGCCGGGCGCGGAAGUCUGUUACAGACUGCCGCCUGGCGGCGGCGUCCCCUGAUCCUGAAGGCGCUAUUGCAAGAUGAAGUCGUCAGGGGACGUAUAAACGACCAGGCCCACUCCAAGUCUACUCCUUUGCACGAUGCUUGUUGCACCAAUGAUCCCAGGACUGUGAAGGCUCUGAUCGAGCACGGGGCUGAUGUGAAUCUCCGGAGCCGCUUGAACGAGUUCACGCCCCUCCACUCAGCGGUCCUCUCAGGCGGUGACACUGUCCAAGCUUUGCUGGAAGCAGGGGCAGAUCCAAAUCUUGGUGCAUGCAACGGCGAUACUGCAGUGCAUUUUGCUGCGGUCUGCGAUGUCAGAUUUGACUUGCGGCCUUUUCUCGACCACGGUUUCACCAUCGAUCGUCCAAAUGAACAAGGCAUGACUGCGUUAGCUGUUGCAAUCCAGCACUGCAACUACGCUGUUUCAAGUCAACUCUUGGACCUGGGUGCUGAUCUUGAAAGAGUUCCAGCACAUCUGCACCAGCAACAUCCAGACAAAGUAUCCGAUGAGCGGCUCGACGCCUUGAGGCGGAAGCACUGGAGUCCUUGCUGGAGCCUCGAGCUAUGCUGGAGACUGAGGAAAGCCAAGAUGGACGUUUCUCUCUUCUCAUCCUGCCCCCCUCCAGUUCAAGAGUCCCAAAAGGCCCUCAAAACUUUCCCCGUCCUACCAAUCCCCAUCAUUGCAAGGAUCUUCAAGCACGCGGACCUUUACGAGACACUCUCCAUCCGGCGCGAUGGCCGAAUAACCGUCGACUCGGAAAUCACGGGCCAUGGAGGCCAAGAUAGACCUUACGUCAUGAGUCCACCCAUCUUCGGAGCUGCUUCCAUCCCCGUCCAACGCCUCGUUCUGACCGUCUGUGGGCGCUGCCAAAGCUCCGGAGAGGAGUAUGAACGGUCCUACUAUGAAGCCAAGAUAGUUGAAGAGACGUCGAAACAAUGUGUCAAAUGGGAGCCUGAGGAAGUCGUCUUCGGCCACAAUGGCCGCCAGCUGCAAGAGAAGGGGAAGGUGAUGCGCCAAACCGUAAGUAAUGCCGCUACAUCAGCCGCACAGUCAUGCAAUUGCUGA